AUGUCUUGCCAUUCCGCAUUGCAUGCAAAUUUGGGACACACGCAUAUAAUACCGCAUCCGAGGUACGACACGUUCAAUCUCACCUCCUGCGACUACCAACCCCUGCUGAUGAACGUGCGCUCCCUCCUAUUCGUGGGCAUGUUCUCCCUGGCAGAGAGUUUGCACGAGGAGCUGGUGCGGCGGCUGGUGAUACUGUACGGCGCGAAGGCUACGGGGCCGACUAGUUCUUCCCAUGGUAUUGCUGCUCCUCUUCAUGGUGUUGCAGCUCAGUGUCGCGGAGCUCCGUUUCAAGAGUCGGGACAUGGAGUCUGA